UACGAUGGUGCCCUGGCUAACUUUCGCCUUCCUUUGGGGGACUUUCUGCGCGCGGCCAGGCCAUGGCGAGGCUGAGACGAGGGAAUGCAUCUACUACAAUGCCAACUGGGAGCUGGAGAAGACGAACCAGAGCGGCGUGGAACGCUGCGAAGGGGAGAAGGACAAACGUCUCCAUUGCUACGCCUCCUGGAGAAACAACUCGGGCUUUAUUGAGCUGGUGAAGAAAGGCUGCUGGCUAGAUGAUUUCAACUGCUACGACAGGCAGGAAUGUGUAGCCACAGAAGAGAGCCCACAAGUGUUUUUCUGCUGCUGCGAAGGGAACUACUGCAACGAAAAGUUCACUCACUUACCUGAAGUUUCAGGUCCGGAAGUGGUGUAUGAACCACCGCCACCAACCCCAUCGCUGCUCAACAUUAUGGUUUACUCUCUGCUUCCAAUCAUUGCCCUUUCCAUCGCCAUUCUGCUGGCCUUCUGGAUGUAUCGUCACCGCAAAAUGUCAUAUAGAACAUCGCUUUUAAAAACUUCUGACCCGGGUCCGCCGCCCCCUUCUCCGCUGGUUGGGCUGAAGCCUUUGCAGCUGCUGGAGAUCAAAGCGAGGGGGCGCUUCGGCUGUGUCUGGAAGGCUCAGCUGGUGAACGAUUACGUAGCCGUGAAAAUCUUCCCCAUACAGGAUAAGCAGUCCUGGCAAAGCGAGAGGGAGAUUUUCAACACCCCAGGGAUGAAGCAUGAAAACCUGUUGCAGUUCAUUGGGGCGGAGAAACGAGGAACGAAUCUGGAGAUGGAACUGUGGCUGAUCACAGCUUUCCAUGACAAGGGGUCCCUGACUGACUAUCUGAAGGGGAAUAUUAUCAGUUGGAAUGAACUCUGUCAUGUCGCCGAAACAAUGGCUCGUGGACUCUCUUACCUGCAUGAAGAUGUCCCCUGGUGCAAGGAAGAAGGACACAAACCCGCCAUAGCACACAGGGACUUCAAGAGUAAAAACGUAUUGCUGAAGAACGACUUGACAGCCGUGCUGGCCGACUUCGGACUGGCUGUGCGGUUUGAGCCUGGAAAACCCCCAGGAGACACCCACGGACAGGUGGGAACAAGAAGAUACAUGGCUCCUGAGGUAUUAGAAGGGGCAAUAAACUUCCAGAGAGAUGCCUUUCUAAGAAUAGACAUGUAUGCCAUGGGCCUAGUCUUGUGGGAGCUAGUCUCCAGAUGUCGAGCAGCUGAUGGUCCAGUGGAUGAGUACAUGCUGCCAUUCGAAGAAGAGAUCGGUCAGCAUCCAUCCCUCGAGGACCUUCAGGAGGUGGUGGUUCACAAGAAGAUGCGUCCUGCGUUCAAAGAACACUGGCUUAAACAUCCUGGUCUGGCGCAGCUUUGCAUCACUGUUGAAGAGUGCUGGGACCACGAUGCCGAGGCGCGCCUCUCGGCCGGUUGCGUGGAGGAACGGGUUUCUCAGAUCCGCAAAUCGGUAAACGGCACUACCUCGGACUGCCUCGUUUCCAUUGUGACCUCUGUCACCAACAUGGACUUGCUGCCCAAAGAGUCAAGUAUCUAG